AUGCCGUCCCCCGACCUUUCGCAUACGCGCCCGCCGCCGACCGAUCUCCACGAGAAUUCUAAUGGCUCGGGCGCGCCCGCGGCCUUGCCGGAUCAAGGCACUAAUGGCGACGCGAUCGUCGAGGGGAAACAGCAGGCCAAAGCCACGCUGGCUGCCUCCGGGGUGCCGCUGAACGAGGACGCGUCGAACGGCCAUUCGGAUUCCGGCAACGGCGUCUCCAAGAAGCGGUCACACGACGGGUCCGCCCGGUCCUUGCCCGUGCGCGUGCGCGAGACUCCGGCGGAGAAGAUCCUGCUGGAGGACUACGUCAACCGGGAAUUCCGCCACUCGGCGCUGACCGCCUGGCACAACCCGAGCCAGACGCUCGUGCAGGAGAAGCGCGCCGAGCGAGACUACCUGCUGUCCGUCCGACGGGACCACCACCUGAACCCCGCCGCCUUGUAUGGCAUCGGCUACCAAGGGAUCGGAAACCCCCGCACCGAUUUGCGAAACCCACACCCUCAGCUCCUGUACCCGUCCAACCGGCGGCGGCCGGGGAGCCGGCGGACCCGCGAGCUGCGGGUGCCGCGCAAAGACCUCAAGACGCAGAACGAGCAGAUCGAGGACCUGGUGCCUGUCCGGCUCGACAUCGAUUGGGAGAAGAUCAAGAUCCGGGACACGUUCACGUGGAACCUGCACGACCGCGUCGUCCCGCCGGAUCUGUUCGCGGAGAAGCUCGUGGAGGACCUGGGCCUGGCCCUCGAGGCGUCGGGCCCGCUGGUGCGCAUGAUCACGCAGCAGAUCCAGGAGCAACUCUGCGACUACUACCCGCAGAUGCACAUGGAGGAGGAACCGCUCGACCCGCACCUCCCCUACAGCGCGUACAAGAACGACGAGAUGCGCAUCCUGGUCAAGCUGAAUAUCACCAUCGGCCAGCACACGCUGAUCGACCAGUUCGAGUGGGACAUCAACGACCUGCACAACUCGCCCGAGGAUUUCGCCGCGCGCAUGACCGAGGACCUGUCGCUGUCGGGCGAGUUCACCACGGCCAUCGCCCACUCGAUCCGCGAGCAGUCGCAGCUCUUCACCAAGUCUCUCUACAUCCUGUCGCACCCGUUCGACGGCCGCCCGAUCGACGACCCGGACCUCAAGACGGCCUUCCUGCCGACGCCACUGCUCUCGUCCUUCCGGCCCUUCCAGGCGGCCAAGGAGUUCACGCCGUACCUGUACGAGCUGAACGAGGCGGAACUCGAACGCACCGAGGUGUCCAUCUCGCGCGACCAGCGGCGACAGAAGCGGUCGGUCAACCGGCGUGGGGGGCCGGCGCUGCCGGACCUCAAGGACCGACAGCGGACGAUCCGGACGAUGUUGGUGUCGACGGUGAUCCCCAACACGGUGGCGUCGAUGGACGAGAGCAACGUGUUCAAGCGGCUGGGGUCGAGCCGGUCGCGGCGCGCCGCGGUCGGGCUGCGGGACGGCGCCGACGAGUCGGACGAGUCGGACAGCGACGAAUCGUCGAUGGUGGGGUCGCCGGCCAUCGGGCCCAACCUGGCGCAGGGCACAGCGCGCACGCGCGGGAUGCGGGGAGCGGCCACCGCCGCGCAUGCCGCCUUGCGCGCCAAUCUCCACCAGUCGGCCACGCCCGAGCCGCACCACGAGAGCCGGGCGUCGUCCCGCCGACAGACGAUCCGGGAGGAGAGCGUGGACGAGCCAGACCGACUGGUAGUGACGCUUAGGGUGCCCCGGGAACGAUUUCGGCAGCUUUUGACGCAGCCCGCCGCGCCGACCACUACCGCUGCGCCGCCGUCCCAGCAGAGCACGCCGCUGCCGCCGACUCCGUCUCAGGGGGUAUCAGCAGCGGUGGCCACGCCGCAUCUGGAGGGACAGCUCCAGCAACGGCCGAUCCCGGCGCAUCAGAUCGGGGCGAUUGACGCGACGCAGCCACCUCAGCCGGGGGUGCCAGGGCCCCCACCCCCAAACUGGCUCGCCGCCGGACUGGCGAAACUGAAACGAUCCUACCCCAAUGACUCCUUCGAAGGCGUCAUGCGCUACACCGCAGUCGACACCGAGACCAUGCUCCCCGUAGCCAACGCCAACAACCCAUCCGGCCACAAGCUCAAAUACCAGUACCUGCCGCGCAUCCGCUGCCACGACUGUCCGGGCAAACUGUACACGCCCGGGCCGGCGACGACGGUGGAUAACUUUGAGGUGCAUUUGCGGAAUCGGCAGCAUAAGGAGCGGGUGGAGGAGCGGUUGGCGAGGGGGGGAAAUUAG